GGAGAGACUGUAGCAGAGAGUUGAAUUUUGGAAUUUUUAUAACAUUAAUUUUCCCAAUUUGCUCGAAAAACGUUUUUAUUAAGGGGUCAAAAUUAACUCUAAUUAAAUGACACAAAUUUGCUGGGAAUACUUAAUGCCCUGUUUGGGCCACUGGAAGGUGCCUGGCUGUAAGGCCAUUACUGGGCAGUACGCUGUCAGAGCCAAAACUUUGGAUUUAGACCAAUUGACUCUGUAUCCUGAGAACUUAGAAAAAUAUUAAUAAUUCUGUGAUGGCAAGGCAUAGAUCUAAUGGGGUCGGGGACAAAUAAUAAAAUAUAAUCUGCGUAAAGCAAAAGCUUAUGCGCUAUACCUCCCACCACCACCCCUGGAAAAUCAUCCUCCUUUCUUAUUGCAGCUGCUCAUGGCUCCUGGGCAAGACAGAACAAUAAUGGGGAGAGAAGACAACCCUGCCGGGUGCCCCAUCCAGACCCUCUUCUCCAGGCUCUCUAUACCCUCAUGGGUGCGAUAUCAGCCAGUGCAAGAGGACCACCAUCUCUGCCCACAUCUCAGCCCUAACAGCAGUCUUCACCAUGGAGAUGAAACAACCAGUGAUGAUGGAUCGAGAAGAUGAGAGCGAGCAGGAGAAAGAACAGGAGUCGCAAGAGAAUGGCAGGCUGGUUGCGGACAGUGUUGAGGACAAGGGUCAGAAAACAGGCUCAGGGCCUGGGCAGGUCUCCAAUGGCUAUCCCAGCACAUCUCCACAAAGCCCCAGGGAGGGUGCUGGUGCUGGGAUGGAUAGGGGAAGCAACCCUGGAACUUUCAGAACUAUGGUGGUCCAGCAGACCAGUUUGGAUCCACCUAGGGAGACCUGGAGCAAAAAGAUGGAUUUCCUGCUCUCUGUCAUUGGGUAUGCAGUGGACCUGGGAAAUGUGUGGCGCUUCCCCUACAUCUGCUACCAAAAUGGAGGCGGCGCUUUUCUCCUGCCGUACCUGCUGAUGGCUGUGUUUGGUGGCGUGCCUCUGUUUUACAUGGAGCUGGCACUGGGCCAGUUUCACCGCAGCGGGUGUAUCUCCAUCUGGAAACACAUCUGCCCCAUCUUCAAGGGUAUAGGCUUUGCUAUCUGCAUCAUUGCACUCUACAUUGCCUUCUACUACAAUACCAUAAUGGCCUGGGCUCUCUACUACCUCCUGUCCUCCUUCCGCACCACGCUGCCCUGGACCACCUGCAACAACCAGUGGAACACUCAUAAUUGCACCCACUACCUGUCCACCGACUUGAAUGUCUCUUGGACCGACAGUUCCAUCUCUCCUGCUGAGGAGUUCUAUAUGCGACAGGUGUUGCAGGUACAUCUGUCCCCUGGUCUUCAUCAGCUGGGCUGGGUGAGCUGGCAGCUGGCCCUCUGUCUGCUCUUCAUCUUUACUGUUGUCUACUUCAGCAUCUGGAAGGGGGUCAAGACCUCCGGCAAGGUAGUGUGGGUGACGGCUACCUUUCCAUACCUGGUUUUGUUUAUCCUGUUAAUAAGAGGAGCCACACUGCCCGGAGCAUGGAGAGGAGUUGUCUUCUACCUGAAACCUGAUUGGAGCAAACUUCUCACCACCUCAGUUUGGCUUGAUGCAGCUGCGCAGAUCUUCUUCUCUCUGGGUCCAGGCUUUGGUGUUCUCCUGGCCUUUGCCAGCUACAAUCCCUUUCAUAACAACUGCUACAAAGAUGCAUUGAUCACAAGUUCAAUUAACUGUUUGACCAGUUUCCUGUCAGGCUUCGUGAUCUUUACAGUGCUGGGCUACAUGGCUGAGAUGCGCCAGCAAGGGGUGGAAACUGUAGCUAAGGAUGCUGGUCCCAGUCUGCUCUUCAUCAUCUAUGCUGAGGCUAUUGCCAACAUGCCAGCUGCCACAUUCUUCGCCAUCAUAUUCUUUCUCAUGAUAAUUAUGCUGGGACUGGACAGCACGUUUGCCGGUCUGGAAGGGGUAAUUACGGCCAUGUUGGAUGAGUUCCCCCAACUGUUGGCCAGGAGGAGAGAGUGGUUUGUGCUGGGUCUGGUGUGUGUCUGUUAUUUGGGCGCCCUCUCUACUCUCACUUACGGAGGUGCGUUUGUGGUUAAACUAUUUGAGGAGUAUGCCACGGGCCCUGCUGUUAUCACUGUAGUUUUUCUCGAAGUCAUUGCUGUUUCCUGGUUCUAUGGGACCUCACGUUUCUGCAAUGACGUGCACCUGAUGCUUGGCUUUUCCCCCGGUGUGUUUUGGAGGGUCUGCUGGAUAGCCAUCUGUCCUUGCUUCCUACUGUUCAUUAUUGUGAGUUUCCUGGCCUUCCCUCCAGAGGUGAGACUGUUUGGCUACCUGUACCCAUUCUGGACCACGGUACUGGGCUACUGUAUUGGGGUUUCCUCCUUGAUCUGUGUGCCUUCCUACAUGGUCUACUAUCUGCUCACCACCAAAGGGACCUUAAAACAGCGCCUGCUAAAGAGCAUCACUCCUGAGGCUUCAGGUUCCAGUGGCUCUCACAUAAACCCAAUUGUUGUCACCAAUGUUGUGUGAUACUAAGGCAUUUCACCCUCUGCUGGACAUAGAGCACAAAUUCAGGGGACCCGUGGCCCCUGUAUGGGCCCCAGCCGACCUCACUUCACCUCAUCCCAGAGGAGUCUGCUACCUGUACUGUGUGAUGGUGGGGCCAGGCCUCUGAUUACAGCAAUUGUUUUAUUUUAAUUCAUGCAAUACAACUGUCAUUGCUCAUGAUGAGUUACUGAUUUGGGGGAACCAAAUGUCAAAUUUAUUCAGUCACAUGUAUUUGAUUUUGCACAGGAGUGUGUGUGUGUGUGUGUGUGUGUGUGUGUGUGUGUGUGUGUGUGUGUGUGUGUGUGUGUGUGUGUGUGUGUGUGUGCGUGUGUGUGUGUGUGUGUGUGUGUCCACCAGGCCCCUAAAUGGAGCAUAUAUUAAGGUGAGUGUUUAGCCUACAGUUGAUAGGUAUGUUUCAACUGUAAGGCAUAGAGUAAAAAUAUGUAUUUAUUUGUGGAACAUUUGUGAUAUUCCUUUCACAUAAUGCUUAUAUUGAUUAUUUAGGACUUUUUGUCUCUCUUUGUCUGCCUACCCAGUUACAAUUUACUUGUAGCAUUUACAAGGAUGUAAUCAAAUAUUCAGGAUUUGGGGGGAACCAAAUGUCAUAUUUUAAGAAUCGGAAUAUUGGGGAAUAGUGACUCCCUCAUGUCUGGUUACGGUCCUGAGCAUUUAUUUACAUACUUCUUUAUGUGAGUUACACAAUGUAGCAGAAACCAAAUACUAAUGUGCUUGUUAUAAAUGUUUCAGCCAUUAUCCUCAAUAUGUUUUUUGCCUGAGGAAAAAAAGGUGUGACUGGACAUCGUAGUAUUGUAUUCAUGUAUUUUGUAAGUGUUGCUAUUCUUGUGGUCUGGCAUUCUGUGACGACUCGUUGAAUUCGAAGAGUGGACAAAUGCGAGAACAUCGAUUACUCUGUCGAUCUGUCACGUGUGAGCUGUAAAUUGAGGUAGAAGUAAAAUGCCAUGGUCAGAUCUGUCAGUGUGUGUGUGUGCAUGCUGUAGUCUAUAUUGUGCAUCUGUGUGUGUGCUUCAGUCCAGUGCUGAACUUUCCCUCUUUUUUCUCAUCAGAAUUUACUAUUCUGUCUAUGAAUAGUAUUGAGAAUCUAUCAUACUUUUCAAAGUCCAACUUUGAUCUAUGUAUGUACACAAGACUGUUAAGAGAAAACAUGUAUAGGACAAAGACAUAUAUUAAAUAUGAGAUAUAUAAAAUAAAAGUA